AUGACAACCAUUGAUAGCGGAGAAAAACACCCGAUGACGAGACUGAAAGAAGACGUUGAUCACGUUUACGGCAAAGUGGCCGACAUGGAUGCUGCAGUCUCGACUGAGCUGCCCACUGAAAGCGGCAUGACUUUCUUACAAGUGAAGAACCACGCGCUACUGACGUAUACCAAAUUGGAGCUCUUCUUUGCUCUGCUAAAACUAGAGAAGCCUGGAAAAGUAAAAGAUCAUCCUGUGUUUAAAGAACUUGUACGCUAUCGCACGCUGUUAGAGCGCGUUCGUCCUUUGGACCGCAAGAUGAAGUAUCAGGUGGACAAAAUGCUCAAAGUGGCGCUAUCUGGCGGCAAAGAUCUGGACGAGUCCCUGAGCUAUGCACCGAAUCCGGAGCAGCUUGCUGCUGAUGGUGGACAGAACGACGAUGAGGAAGAUGACGAUGGUGGCUCUAGUGCUAAGAACGGUAUUUACCGCGCGCCGCGUCUGGCAGCGGUUCCGUACGAAGAGGAGGAGCGUGAGCACGUUAAGCAGGCUAAGAAAGACGAGCGAAAUCGCAAGCGUUUGCAGAAGAGUACUAUACUGGCCGAAUUGCGAGAGGAGUUCAGUGAACGUCCUACGGAGAUUUUGGCCAGUGGUACAAGCGUCGUUGACAAGGAAAUCGCGCGUGAAGAGAGUGAAAAGAAGGAUUUUGAAGAAUCUCGCUUUGUGCGUGUGGUCACGUCACGUAAAGACAAGAUUCGCAAGCGGCAGCGAGAGAUGGAGGCUAAUCGCGCCGACAAGGUUGGGUCGAUUGACAACUUUGCCUCGGUUCAAGAUAUCUUGUCGUUGGACAAAACGAAACAUCGAAUCCCGACGCAUCGGGAACCGAGCAAGAUUGGCGGCAAGACUGGAGGCAUCUUCUCGCAUAUCGAUGCACCGACCGAGAAGAAGCGCAAGGUGGCGCGAAGUGCAGGUGACAGCUCGGCUUCACGGGAGGUCCCUACGAGAGCGCAUCAAGAAUCAUCGGAUCCCGCCCCAGGCUUCAAGAAGGCGCAUCAGCAGAAGAAGAAAGUUGUGUUUUCGAAGCUGUUCUCGUAA